GAUUUGAUGCUGGUGGUGUGCCAGUUCGACUUUUGAGCUUAUAUCGUAAAGAUGAUGAAGAUAUUUGGUUCAGUUUCGUUGCUAUUAAUAGUACUUUCAUCUGUAAACGGCAAUGAUGACUCCUAUGAAGGUUUCAAAAUCUAUGGCGUUGAUUUGAACACACGAGCUGACCUGGAGUUGCUCAAAGCUGCCGGUGAUAAUCUGGAUUUAGAUUUUCUAAGCACCUCAGCUUUGCAUCGCAAUGCGUCCGUGAUGGUCAGCCCUUGGAACGAUGAAGCUUUCAGAACCAUGCUAAGCAAAAAUGAUUUAACAUACCGCAUCACACAGAGCAAUGUGCAGCAUUUGAUUGACCGUGAAAUCGCUGCAAGAAAUAUUCACUCUCGUAAGCGUCGUAGCGCGAAAAGCGCAAAGCAAGAAGACACCGAAACCAUGUUUGACCACUUCUGGACACUUGAGGAAAUUUAUCAGUACUUGGACGAUCUAAAGAAGCAGUAUCCCAAAUUGGUGCGAGUGGCAGACUUCGGAGUAACUCACGAAGGUCGCCCGAUAAAAGUCAUUACCAUCAGUGCAAAGGGAAUACUCGAUCAGCGUACUCCGGUGGUUCUAAUUGACGGCGGCAUACAUGCGAGAGAAUGGGCAGGCCACAUGUCGGUGCUAUACUUAAUCCAUCAGUUAGUGGAACGCUCUGCUGAGAAUAUGGACUUGUUGAAAAACACUAACUGGGUAAUCAUGCCGGUAGCCAACCCGGAUGGAUAUGUGUACACGCAUAAAUCCAACCGGUUGUGGAGGAAAAAUCGGGCCCCGGUUAAUGUGCUUUGCAUUGGAACGGAUUUAAAUCGAAACUUUCCAUUCCAGUGGUCUUUUUAUGGCGGUGAGUGUUCCAAUGGAUACGCCGGGCAAACCCCUGCUUCGGAAUUAGAAACUCGAGCUAUUAUGCUGAUGAUGGCGAAAUAUGCGCACGUGACAAAAGUCUAUCUGGCAGUUCAUACUUGCGGAGACUACAUCCUGUACCCGUACGGUUACGGUUAUGUGGAUGCGCCGAACAAAGCCCAGUUGCAGGAAUUGGGUGAUAAAGCUGCUGCGGCAGUGAAGGCUAUCGGUGGACCCGAAUAUGCUGUAGGAAGUGCCUCUGUAUUGCUGUACCCAGCCAACGGCAGUGAUGACUACAUUUACGGCAGUUCUGAUGUCGAAUAUUCUUACACUUUAGAACUUUCCUGUGGAGCUAAUAGCGAUGCCUUCAUAGUCAGUUUAGAAGAGAUGCAGUCCAUCAACAAGCAUGCAUUUGAGAUGUUCAAAGUUUUUGGAACAUUUGCUGGGGAACAAACAGUGACCCCGUUGAGCGCAACCAGCGGAGCCCGUCAAUCUUUGUAAUCCUUAUCGGUAAUGAAUUGGCCAUUUGGUAAUAAAAAAUACCUUCAUGAAUAAA